UGUUAUGAAAUGUUAUGAAAUGUUGUGUUAUGAAAUGUGCUUGCCGAAACGGCUUUUAUUUUGUAGAGCGGAAGUGGUGCGUGCGUCAUUGUGUCGGGCUUGACGCUGCUGUUGUUUUGGAGGCUGUGCAAGGAAAAUAAGGUGGAGGUGAGCGGCGGUCCGCGGGUGUGUUGGUCUGACGUGCGGACACAUUUUGGAGGAAACCGAAGCCUCAACUUUAGUCUUUUGUGUCCCGGCGGCUGCAGCUGGAGGUAAGAACCCAGGCCCUGACCUCUGACCUCUGACCUCGUGGGGACUCGGGCGUCCGGAUGAACGUGUCGUCGCUCUUCUCCUUCACCAGCCCGGCGGUGAAGCGGCUGCUGGGCUGGAAGCAGGGCGACGAGGAGGAGAAGUGGGCGGAGAAAGCCGUGGACGCGCUGGUGAAGAAGCUGAAGAAGAAGAAGGGCGCCAUGGAGGAGCUGGAGAAGGCGCUCAGUUGCCCCGGGCAACCCAGCGAGUGUGUGACCAUCCCUCGGUCGUUGGACGGUCGUCUCCAGGUUUCCCAUCGGAAAGGCCUUCCUCAUGUCAUCUACUGUAAAGUGUGGCGAUGGCCCGACCUGCAGUCGCACCAUGAGCUCAAAGCGCUGGACUGCUGUCAGUUUCCCUUCGGAUCCAAACAGAAAGACGUUUGCAUCAACCCGUACCACUACAAACGAGUGGACAGCCCCAUGCUGCCUCCUGUCUUGGUUCCCAGGAACAGCGACGUCACCUCCCGGCCCUGUGUUCUCUCCCGUUUCCACGGUGACAGCAACGAGCCGCUGAUGCCACACAAUGCCACCUACCCAGAGUCCUUCACUCCCGUCGUCCCUGACAACGGGCUGACGGGGUUCACGCCCUGCUCCCCUGACGACGGCUACCCGGGUUCACCGGGGGGCGGAGCCUUCCCAGCCUCGCCGCUCAGCUCUGACGCAGACAGCCCCUUCCACGUGCCGGCUGACACGCCGCCUCCAGCCUACAUGCCGCCGGACGAUUCGCUGAGCCACGACUGCUCGCAGCCAAUGGACACCGGCCUGCUCGCCGCCAUGGAGAUGAACAACAGGCCAGACGUGCAGCCCGUGGCCUACGAGGAGCCCAAACACUGGUGCUCCAUCGUUUACUACGAGCUCAACAACCGGGUGGGCGAGGCCUUCCUGGCGUCGGACUGCAGCGUGCUGGUGGACGGCUUCACCGACCCGUUCAACAACAGGAACCGCUUCUGCCUGGGCCUCCUGUCCAACGUCAACAGGAACUCCACCAUCGAGAACACACGCCGCCACAUCGGCAAAGGCGUCCACCUGUACUACGUGGGCGGCGAGGUGUUCGCCGAGUGCCUGUCGGGCAGCAGCCUCUUCGUCCAGAGCCGAAACUGCAACCAGCAGCACGGCUUCCACCCGAGCACCGUGUGCAAGAUCCCCAGCGGCUGCAGCCUCAACAUCUUCAACAACCAGGCGUUCGCCCGGCUGCUCGCCCAGUCCGUCAACCACGGCUUCGAGGCCGUCUACGAGCUCACCAAGAUGUGCACCAUCCGCAUGAGCUUCGUCAAGGGCUGGGGGGCGGAGUACCACCGGCAGGACGUGACCAGCACCCCCUGCUGGAUCGAGGUGCACCUGCACGGCCCGCUGCAGUGGCUGGACAAGGUGCUGACGCAGAUGGGCUCGCCGCACAACCCCAUCUCCUCCGUGUCCUAACACACACACACACACACACACACACACACACACACACACACACACACACACACACACCCUCAGGCUGCCUUGGACAGUCACUACAGAGACGUUGACGUUGUUCUGCCUCGUCGUCUCUGUGUGUUUUGAGCCUGAUGGACAGAAAAACGGAACCUCCAGUCUGCCCCCUGCUGGUGGAGAGGAGGUGCUGCAGGGCCGGACGGCAGGUUAGUUUACAGCGACUGAGAGCCGGAGCUGCUUUUGGAUUUUUGAGGAAACAGAAAUCUCUGAGGACUUUUCCACUUUUGUACGACACCGACGAGGCGAGCGUUUUUUUUUUUUUGUUGUUUUUUUUAUUUACGAUGUGAACAAACACUCAGGCUUCAGCUCACGGACAGAUCAGUGUCAGCUGCUGUCGUAGAACGGAUUUUAUUUUUAUUUCAAAACACAAAAAAUGGAAAACUCACUACAGCAGCUGUGUCGUUUUUCCCAGCGAGUCCAUUUAUUUCCUCCUUUAUUUACCGUAAAUCUGUGAUUUUUAAAGGACGUCAUUACCCAAAAACAGUAUAUUUCUUAGUCUCCUAAAAUGAAAUGAUUAGUCGAUUAUCCGACUGACAGAAAGCUACUUCAAUGUUGAUAAUUACUGGAUGGUUUUAGUCGUUUAUUAUGAAAUAAAAAUUUAAAAUGGACAGAUUCCAGUUUGA